AUGUUUUCGGGGUGGUGUUUUACCUCUAAUAAUGCUUGGCACAAGGGUGGAAGGAUAACAGUAAGUUGGAAUCCCAAUAGUUUCGAUGUUAACAUCAUUAAGUGUACUAGUCAACUCAUUCAUCUCUUUGUUGAAACCAUAGACAAAAAAAUUUUCUUGACUUUUGUUUAUGGAUUUAAUGAUGAGAUUGGGAGGAGGAAGUUAUGGGCAGAUUUGAGGGAAAUAGCUAGUACAGAAGCUUGGGUGGUGCUUGGAGAUUUUAAUGAUAUUCUUAAUAAGGAAGAAAGAAUUGGCACCAAGGUCAAGUAUAAGAAUUCUUCGGAAUUUCGAGAUUGUGUUGAUGAUUGCCACCUUGAGGAUGUAAAGUUUGUGGGUAGCUUUUUUACUUGGUGUAAUAAGCAGUUAGGAGAUGAAAGAAUCUAUUCAAAAAUUGAUAGAGUUCUUGCAAAUCCUAUCUGGCUUGAUGAGCAUCCGAAUGCUGAAGUUGUUUUUCAGAAUGAGGGUUUGUUAGAUCAUUCUCCUGCUGUUCUAGCUGUCUCGGCUUCUCUUAUUGGAGGCAAGAAAUCGUUCAAAAAUUUUAGGAUAUGGUCUUCGCAUCCUGAAUACAAUAAGCUGAUUCGAGAUAGGUGGAUGGAAAAGGAUUGUGGUACAAAAAUGUUUCAGAUAGUGACCAAGUUAAAAGGGCUGAAACCGAAACUUAAGCAGCUGAAUCAUCAGUAUUUUGCUGAUAUUCUUGCUGCUCAUGCUAAGGCCAAAAUGGAGAUUGAUGAUUGCCAAAAGGAGCUACAUAAGUGUCCAUUGAAUGUUGAGUUACAGGUUCGGGAAGCUGCUGCAAGGACUGAGUUUGCUACCAUUCAAGCUGCCUAUCUUUCUUUUCUCCAACAAAAAGCAAAGAUUCUAUGGCUCAAAGAUGGGACUCCAAUUCAGCCUUUUACCACAAUAGAGUUGGUGGGAGAAGAUGUAUUUGAAGCCAUCACUUCCUUUUUGCAUUCUGGGAAACUCCUUAGAGAGGUAAAGAAUACGGUUUUGACUCUAGUGCCUAAAAGUAAGUGCCCAAAUACUGUUGGUGAUUAUAGGCCAAUAGCUUGCUGUAAUGUGUUGUAUAAAGCUGCUACCAAGUUGAUUUGCUCACGGCUGAAAUUGGUAUUACCGGAUUUGAUUUCACGGAAUCAGAGUGGUUUCGUGCAGGGGAGGUUCAUUGGGCACAAUAUUAUGGUCUGUCAGGACUUAAUUAGGCACUAUGGAAGGAACACCUCUAAGGCGAAUUGUAUGAUCAAGCUAGACUUACAAAAAGCUUACGAUACAGUUGAAUGGGACUUUAUUGAAGAGAUGCUUGUGGCUUUCAAGUUUUCAGCUAGCUUUGUCGAACUCAUUAUGGUGUGUGUCAGGACUCCAAAGUUCUCCUUGAUGUUUAAUGGUUCUUUACAUGGAUACUUUGAAUCAAAAAGGGGGCUACGACAAGGUGAUCCAAUGUCUCCUCUUUUGUUUGUUUUGGGAAUGGAAUAUCUAUCUAGAAUUAUGAGGAAAGUUGGGCUCAAACAGGACUUUAAGUUUCAUGAGAGAUGUGGAGAAUUGAAGCUCAAUCACCUCAGCUUUGCAGAUGAUGUCUUGUUGUUCUGUAAUGGAGAUUACAAGAGUAUAUACCUCAUGCUACAAGGUCUUGAGCUAUUCUCGCAAACAUCAGGUUUGAAACCGAAUCCUUCCAAAACAGCUGUUUAUUGUAAUAACAUGUGUGAUGUGGAUGUUCAAAGGAUUUUAGAUGCUUCUGGCUUCUCUAAACAAGAAGUCCCUUUCAAAUACUUGGGUGUUCCCAUUUGUCCAAAAAAGCUAUCUGCUAAGCAAUGUGAUCUUUUAGUUGAAAAAAUGGUUGGUCGAAUUAGAACUUGGAGUUCCAGAAACCUUUCCUUUGCAGGUAGAACUGUGCUUAUUAACUCCGUGUUAAUGGCUAUCCACUCUUACUGGAGUCAAAUAAUGGUUCUUCCCAAGAUCAUUAUUAAGGAUAUUGAGGCUAUUUGUCGAGGCUUCCUUUGGAGUGGGACUCAUCAAUUAAAGGGAGUGGCUGCGGUUGCUUGGAGUAAGGUUUGUCAUUCUAAAUCAGUAGGUGGUUUGGGCUUGAAAUCUGUUGGGGAUUGGAACAUUGCAGCCAUGUUUAAAUAUGUUUGGGCAGUGGCAAAAAAAGAGGACAAUCUAUGGGUGAAAUGGGUUCAUUGUGUCUAUAUUAAAGAGGCUGAUUGGUGGCAAUACAAUGCUAGUGCAAAUGAUAGUGAGAAGAAACAUUGGUCAUCUGUGGUAUGGAGCCGACUUAAUUGCCCCAAACAUAGUUUCAUCUUUUGGCUAACCAUUCUGCAGAGAUUGAAGACUAAAGACCGAGUAAAGAGCUAUAAUCCUCACAUUGACCCCGGCUGUGUUUUGUGUAAUAACAGUGCAGAAGAGAGUGUAGAACAUCUCUUUUUUGCUUGCUCUUUUACUCGAGAGUGUUUUGAAUUGGUCAAGCAAUGGUUGGGCUGGCGGACAAGUGCAAAAACAGUGGAUAGAAUUGUGAUUUGGCUUGGUAAAACAAAGGGCAGCAAGUUCAAAAGAGCAGUUUUUGCUGCUGCUUUUGCCGCAUUAAUUUACCAAGUUUGGUGCUGCCGUAAUGGGAAACUGUGGGAAGGUAAAGAGGGCACUUGUUAUGUGAUUUUUCAGCAAGUCCAAAGUGUAACAAAGAGUAGAAUAUCUUGUAUAUGGCCUAAGAAAGUGUCUAAUAGUGAUAAAACCUGGUGCCACUUGGCGCGAGCUGGUUCGUUGUGGGGCUGGCAAGCUGGGGACAUGGCGCACGCUGGUAGGCUGGGCGCUGACGGAAGUGGACGGGUGGCAGGCGCUGAUUAG